GCUGGCUACAUGCGGCCUUUACCGAUGUGUCCCACCCACGUUUUGUUGUUGCUGUCAGCUGUUGACCUCUACCACUUCACUUCCGGGUUACAUCUACCUUGGCGCCUUUCUACUCCAGUGGUAUCUACACUAGCAAAACAGAAGGGGAACGACAAUGGACUUUUCAGCUCCAUUUCUGACCAAGUAUUGGCCUCAUCUGCUCAUAGCAUUGAUCGGCUACUUAUCCCUCAAGUUCCUGGCCCAACGUCUCUCAGGAAAAGAAAGAAGGCGACGUUUUUCUUACGAUCCCGCCCGCCAACUGGACCUGGAUGAUGACCACGAGGAAGACCAAGAAGUAGCGGGAGGACCUCUAGGUCUUGAAGAAACGACGGAACAUAUUCCUUAUCGCCCGAAGAGGUACACAGAGAAGGAAAUGCUCCAAAGAUCGGUGGAGUUUUACAGACUGAUGGACCAGAGAAGGACCGUUCGAUUCUUCAGUGACGAUCCUGUGCCGCUAGGGGUCGUGCAAACACUGAUCAAGACAGCAGGUACAUCACCCAGUGGAGCCCACACCCAGCCAUGGACAUAUGUGGUUGUGCAGGACUUCAGUCUGAAACAUCAGAUCAGGGAAAUUGUGGAGGCAGAGGAGGAGAUCAACUACAGGAAGAGAAUGAGUGCCACGUGGGUCAAAGACCUGGAAAAGUUUCGGACAACAUGGGAGAAGCCAUACCUGGAUAUAGCACCCUAUCUAAUCAUGGUGUUCAAACAGACGUAUGGGAUCGGACCAAAUGGGGAGCGACUAAACCACUACUACAGCGAAAUCAGCAUCUCCAUUUCUGUGGGCAUUCUUCUUGCUGCAAUCCAGAAUGCAGGACUUGUCACAGUCACCAGCACACCACUGAAUGCUGGCCCAGCCUUACGUACACUACUCGGCAGGCCAGUCAACGAGAAGCUUCUGUUACUCCUACCCAUCGGCUAUCCUGCUCACAAUGCCACAGUCCCUGACCUUCAGAGGAGAGAGCUCAAAGACAUCAUGGUUCUGAUGUAACGUUAAUGUAGGUCAGCAAUACCAGGUCUGCAGGUUUGUCUAUCCCUGUGAGUUUUACCACCAAUGAUACUUUGGUUUGAUGUACAUGUUAUCAAAGGUCAGAAGAGGUUUGGAGAGAUUAAGUAUGGAGCCUGCAGUGUUAGAUUACCCCUUUGGCUUUACUCACAAUGAUGUUACAGUUCCUGUUUCAUUUAGGAAGGGUCACAAGGACACCAUGAUAUAAUCAAGUUAACUGGCCAAGUACAUUUAAAGCACAUUGGACAGAGAUUGUCAUAUGUACUUCCUGAGAAGUAGGAAUCAACAUGUCGGUUGUAUGAAAGCUUCUUUGGGUUUAACAUUACAGAAAGAUUGUAAUAUGUCUGUACUUAAGCCCUUAAGUGAUUCAAGUAAAAUGCAAAGUUUCUGUCCCGAGUUCAUGGUAUUUUGAACCUUUACACAGGUCACAGAUCAUAGAGGUUUCUGAAGUCUUAACAGGUCUUACUGGGUCUAUGACGAGAUGCCAGAAGGCUCCACAGAUAGGUUUACCACAUAAAACACAGCUUUAUUCACAUGAUGCACAGAGCAUCAGACUAACCCAGCUGAAGGCCCAGUCAUACACAUCAGGAUAUGAGUAAGAGUUACACUAAGAAACAAAUGACCUUGUUUGAGUCAUAAUGCUCUGCUGUGGUGAAACGAUAAAGUCAUGACAGGUGAGAACUGUCGGUCAGUCCUCUUCACCUGAGUGGCAGAAAUUUUACACUGAUCUAUUAACAAUUUUUAUCAGGAUGGUACAUGUAGAUCAUUGGGUAUUUUCUUGUACACAAUCAUUAAAUUUCUCUUAAAUGCCAGUAUUUCAGUAGGCUAUCUGGUACCUUCCUAUGUUUUCAGCAUCAGUCACUUUAGCCCUGAGGAAGGCAGCAUACAAACUACCAAAACUUUAAAGGGACAUAUUGUAGAAAUUUGGCGCCAAAAUUUCAAAGGUUCUGAACUUUAAAAUCUCCAGUCAUAUUGACAUUUGUAACUUAUUUCCAACUUAUCUUCAUCAUUCUAUCACAUUUCUAGCACUAAUUAACAAUGCCAAAGUAAGCCACGACCAAAUUCACUUACUUCCGGGCAGCCUACCGGAAGUAAGCCGGCCGUAGAUUUCCAGAUCGACCGUUGCGGUCGCAGAUCCUCGGAGCUUCGCAGGCUGAGGGACUUUCAACAAACUUUAGUAACGAUUCGAGCAAACCACCGAACACGUUCUAAAGCGCACUUUGGUUCGUCGGAGAGUUGGAUAAAAUGGCGGACAACUCAAGCGGCGAAGGGAAGUGCGCAUAUUUCGAGACGUUCUGGCGGCACAACAAAGUCGUAUCAAUACGUUGUAAAUAUUGCUGUGCAGUGUAAUAAGGUAGAUCAACUCAUAAUGUAAAAAAAUGGCCGAAAACAGUGACUUUCUUAUUUACAUUAUGUCCCUUUAAGAACUAUGAUUGUGCUAUAUUACUCAUAAUUAUGUCAAAUGUUUCCUUAUCCCCUAUGUUUUACAACUGAAUACAGGUUGGAGAUCUACUCUGGAGUGUAUGGCCUUUGGCCUUCAGCUUUCAAACAGAAAUGACUGAGGCAAGAAUUCAUCAGUUAAGGUGUCCAUCACCUUUUUAUUUUACGUUGAUAAGCAUGUUACACUAACAUUACUGACAACUGUUGGAAGAUAUUUCACAUGUAGCACAGGCAACACUUUCAGUACACAAAAUGGAAAUAGAAUUCUGCAGCGUAUAUUACUUUAUAACAUCUAGGAUUGUGAUUUGAUGGAAGUGUAAGACUGCAUUGUCACUAUGUACAAGUAAUUUUGUAUUAGCAGCCCAGAUCAAUUGACUUCAAUUAAGUGCAACAACAAAAAACUAAAAAUAUGAAUAUCUAUCUAAAAGUACCUUUUUUAUAUCAACAUUUGAGUAAAAACUGCUAUGUUCAAAAACAUGCAUGUGAUACAUUUCUUAGACUGUAAGAUUUACAUAAUACCUACCUUCAUUCUUUUCUUUUAUAUCUAUGGCUGAAAGAUUGUUACAAGGCCAAGCACAUUCUUUGACACUCGGGAACAAGUGUUACUUACAAUAACAGGCACUGCCUUGUUGUGUUGCCAAACUAGCAAUACCCAAAAUGUUUGUUUACAGGGAAGAAAUAGAUAUUUUGACAUAUAAACAAUAUAUAUGACCUGAAAA